CUCCCUCCGGAGACCCUCCGGGGAGAAGAGCCGCGCCUCCGCCGGGCCGGCCUCGUGGAAGCGGCUGCCCGGAAGCCCGGCGGGGCCGCUCGGAGGAAGGCGCCGCUUUCUCCGGAGGGGCCUGGGGGCCCGGGCUGGCCGGAGGAGCCCCCGCGCUGCCAUGCUCGGCUCCGGCGGCCCCAACGCCAGGCCCGUGGGCGGUGGGGAGGAAGGGGCCCCGCCUUCCUCGGCCGGGGGUCGCAGCCGGAGAGGGGCGCCUUUUCUUGGGGGAAAAGCAGCCGAGGAGGAGUCUGGAGGCGGCUCCCAAGGAGAGAAAGAAAGAAAGAGAGAGAGAGAGAAAUAAAAAAAGAAGGAAGGAAGGAAGGAAGGAGAGAGAGAGAGAAAGAGAGAAAGAAAGAAAGAAAGAAAGAAAGAAGAAAAGAAGAGAAAGAAAGAAAAAGGAGAAAGAAAAAGAGAGAAAGAAAGAAAAAGAAUGAAAGAAAGAAAAAGAAAGAAAGAAAAAGAGAGAAAGAAAGAAGAGAGAGAAAUAAAAAAAGAAGGAAGGAAGGAGAGAGAGAGAAAGAAAUAAAAAAGAAAAAGAAAUAAAAAGGAAGGAAGGAGAAAGAAAGAAGAAAGAGAGAGAAAGAAAGAAGAAAGAAGGAAGAAAGAAAAAGAGAGAAAGAAAGAAGAGAGAGAGAGAGAAAGAAAAAGAAAGAAAGAAAGAAAAGCAAAUCUCCGCAGCCUCUGAAUCCAAAACGGGUCUCCUAAAACAGGGGUCUCCAACCUCGGCCACUUUAAGCCUGGCAGACUUCAACUCCCAGAAAAAGACCCUCCGAUCCCGUUUCUCCCGUGAAGGCGGGCGCUGAAAGCCCCAUGCCCAGAGGGGAGUUUGGGGCAGCCGAACCGCUCCACAGGGCGGCCUCCCCGAGUCCGAGGCUGGCCCAUCUUUGGCUCAUCACCACCUGCCUUCCCUCCCUGGGGCUGCGGCCCUCCGGACGCUCCCCGGCUGCCCUUCCUGGGGACACGCCAGGCAGGACUUGAACCCGGCUCUCCACCGGAUGGGCCUUUUCAAGGCAGCCCGCAGGAGGAGCCCCCCCCCCAGGCGGGCAGAGGGGCCAGGCUGGCGGCCCCCAAAGGGCCCCUGCUUUCUGAAGCCAUAAUUGGGGGGCAAGCGGUGUCUCCCCUUUGGGGAUUCCUUCCCUACAGCUCUCGGGGAAGCUGGGUUGAAGGAGGACGCUUCGUUCUUGGGCUGUUUGAAGGGAAGGAUGAAAAGCAUGGGGGAGAUUUGCUGGAAUGCCAAAAUAAAGGAGCUGUUAUUCCUUCCCGUUUAGAAGGAGCAGGAUGCAAGCUCAAGACAGAAGAGCAAUUUCCUAUCAUUCCUCACUCUUCUUUUAAUUUACUUUCUGCCCCAGGUAGCUCCAAACCGGCUGACUUUCUUUUGAACCUGUUUUACCCUAUAAUAAUCAUUUCACCCACUGAAGCAGCACUGAGUUACAAAUCAACCUUUUCUUAAAAUUUAUAAUGGCCCUCAGCAUUCGCUCCUUGCAAAGCAAGAGUAGCUUAGAUGGAAAGCUCUGGAGGCUGGGGUACUACAGACAGUUGGCCACAAGAUUUUGCAUAGGUUUUGGACCCUCCUCUGUUACGCUAUAAGAAGAGCCCAAACUUGGCUCUGAGGCAGCCUUCACUUCUCUUGGUCAGCAGGGAAUCAGGACGCCGCUCCUCCCCAGAGGCCAAAUUGAGCCUCUUCCCUAUGUUGCAGGGUUGGAUGACCUCAAGGGGUUCCAACACAGGGAAGGUGCGUGGAUGCCACAUUGGCAACGGCUGGGGAGUUCCUGUGUACCAUCCUUACUGACCGGGAGAAGAAGAGGCCUACUUUCAAAACUGCCACGGGGUCAGUUUAAUAGUCAUAAUGAAAGGCUUUUUCCUUAGCCCCACAGGGCUGGUGGGUCACACGGAUGAGCUGAAGGUUGGCCGUCUAAGCAUUGCGUGAUGAGGAAUUGCCAGCUCCUAUGGAUUCCAAUCAAACCAGGUAGCUGAAAAAAGACAGCAGCUGAAUUUGAAUGUACAGAAGAUUUGUUUUGAGUGAACAAUCUGUUUUUUCUUGUUUGGCUUCCCCUAGUUCAGCUAUUUAGGCAACCCCCUUGGAUUUCAACAAUAUGGAUGUCCCACAUUGUAUCUGUUGGUGGACAAACAAGAGAUUCAUGGAGAUUGCUUUUAAGAGAGCCAUAUUUCUCGGCCUAUUGAAAAUCAGACCGGAACCCUAGUUGCCUCUGGGAAAGUUUUCAUGGUCAAUGCUAGAAUGGAGUACCCCGAAGGCUCCAGUACCUCAGACUUGAUGGAUAUGUCAUCUGAGGACAGAACAAAGGAAGUGAGCUCUGACCGUGGAGAGGGCUUGAAACAGACUUGGGAUCUGCUUGCAUUUUCUGGAACUUGCCAGGCUGUUCCCCCUCCUUCUUUCGGCCUUGUACAGGACAGAUUGGAGGGUCUUCACUGCAGAACUGAAACACCCUCUGAAAAAUCCAUUCCAGUGUUAAUGCAGAAUAAUUUUGAAGUAUUGCACCCUGUUUCAGAAAGCUUGGACUUCUCUGAGAGAUUUGGACAGCCUCUCGAGCCAAUGAAAAACUUGAAAACUCAGGAUAAGCAUAAUAACGAUGCUGUUUUUUGGGCUGGUAUUCUACAAGCUCAGAUGUGUGUCUUCGAUCUUCAAGAGGAGUUGGAUAAGCAGAAAGAACCUCUGCAGACUCGCGGUGUGAAUUCUGUAUCCCUGGACGCAGCUACCAUCAAUGAACCUUUACUCCUGGAAAGUGAUAGUGAGGAGGAGCCAGAAGAGAAUUUAGAGAAACAGGAGGAGGAAGAAAGUGAGGAGGAGGAAGAGGAGGAGGAAGAGGAGGAGGAAUCUGAAUAUUUAUUUUUCAAUAACCCACUCUUUCAGGAAAGUCCUCACUUAACCAGAACUUUUGAAGGACAAGACCCAUGGCUGCAAUCAGAAAGGGAAACUUCCACUGAGAAUUACAAGAAAAAUGUAAAAAGUGAAAUGGACUCUGGAAACCGUAAUGGUGACUUAUUUUCCCAGGCCAAUGUGACAAUAAGCCCUGUGGCCAGGAGUUAUUUUUCUUUCUGUGAUGCUAACGAGGACACAUCCACCUCUUCUUUUCCAAGUUAUGUGCCCCAUUAUCGUUCCUUGUCUCCAUUGUUGAUUACAGAAAAAGAUCUUGAAAUCACCUGCUCUUUGGCAGAGAAUUCAGAGGCUGAGGGCUGUUUUCUGGAUCCCCUCCAAGGAGAUGUUCUGGGAAGCAUUACUCCAGAUCCAUCUGCGUAUUUGCCGGCAGAAGGGCUGCUGUUUUCUGCCUCCAGCACUUCUCUGAUGUCUGCUUUGCUGCAAGAGUCCCCGGAGAGCCGCCUCCCUCCCAAGCCCACAUCUCCAGGGGAGAGUUGCUGCGUCCCCUCCAGCUUCCAGGUCCUCUCGGCUCCUGCUGCAGAAGAGAAUCUGCAGCAAGAGAGGUUUGAGCCACAAGUAUCACCCCGUGGCCACCCUUCAUCUUCCUGCACGUGGUUAGAGGAGCCUGAGAGAACUUCCUCUCUACAGAAGGACGUCAGCGGAGCAGAUGUGAGCUCCAUCCCACUUUGUGGUGUAGAGAGGAAGCGGGCGAGCUCAGUAGAGAGACUCAAGAUGGUGGAGCUGCCAGCUAUGCAAAGCGAUGGGAGGUCGAAAGGCAGAGAGGAAGAGCCGAUGUUCUACUGCUGUGAAGAACCCGAAGGGGAAUUUGGCAAACCGGGGGAGAGUCUGCCUGCCAAGGUUACGGCAGAACCCAAUGGCACCCUGCUCCUGGCCAACGGCACCUCUGGAGACCUGGCCGCAGCGCACAGGCUGGCCACUCGCCUCUACCACCUGGACGGGUUCAAGAAAUCUCAGGUGGCUGCCUUUCUCCGGAAGAACAAUACCUUCAGCCAGAUGGUCGCUGAGGCCUACCUCUCCUUCUUCCACUUCUCUGAGCAAACUCUGGAUCAGGCCCUGAGGUCUUUCCUGAAGUCCUUCGUGCUCACCGGGGAGACUCAGGAGCGGGAGCGGAUCCUGAUGCAUUUCUCUCAGCGCUUCCACAGCUGCAAUCCUGAGGCCUCUCUUAGUCCAGAUGCCGUGCAUACGCUCACCUGCGCCACGAUGCUCCUCAAUACCGAUUUGCAUGGGCAGAAUAUUGGCCGAAGCAUGAGCUGCCAGGAUUUCGUUGUGAAUCUCACAGGCCUAAAUGAUGGCAAGGACUUCCCCAAAGAGCUGCUAAAGGCAUUGUACAACUCCAUCCGUCAUGAGAAACUGGAAUGGGCUACGGAUGAGGAAGAGGCAAUGGAUGCAAAGAUGCUCCUGAGUCCCACAAGCAGCCAGAGGAAAACGAACCCUUUUCUGACUGUGUGGCAGGAUCCGGGGGCAAAAGUCUACCAGAAGGGUCUCCUUGCCCGUAAGGUGCACGCAGAGGCCGAUGGCAAGAAAACGCCCUGGGGCAAGCGAGGCUGGAAGACUUUCCAUGCUGUGCUGAAGGGGACGGUGCUCUACUUCCUGAAGGAUGAGCAGCACUUGGAGAUGUCCAGCUCAGAGGAACUCAUUGGGUUACCUCACGCCCUGGCAGAGAAAGCCAGCAAAUACACCAAGCGGCCUCAUGUCUUCCGGCUCCAGACUUCAGACUGGCACAUCUUCCUCUUCCAAGCCCCAACUCCCGAAGAAAUGGCUUCAUGGAUUUCCCGCAUCAACCUUGUGGCAGCCAUGUUCUCUGCCCCACCUUUCCCCGCAGCAGUGGGCUCCCAAAAGAAAUUUAUAAGGCCCAUUUUGCCAACUACUCCUUGCAAGAAUUCCAUAGAAGACCAGCACCUGGCCCACGAAGCCUGCAUGGACAGGACGUCCCAUGAACUGCAGGAGCUCCAGCGGAAUCUGCCGGAGAAGCGUGGCCGUGGGAGGGAUCUGGAGGAGUACCAGCUCAGAAAGGAGUACUUGCUUUAUGAGAAACGCCGCUAUGAGACGUACGUGAAGCUCUUGGAGGUGAAGCUUGGCUGCAGCACAGAGGAUCUGGACCAGUGGGAAGCCCGGCUGACAGCCAUGGUGGAGAACUGCCCCAGUUUGCAGAAGUCUCACUCCAGCCCUUCCCUGAACUUGGAUGGGCCUCCUGCUGGGGGGGCCAAAGUGAAGCGGAACAUCUCCGAACGCAGGACCGUUCGCAGAAUCAUUCCAAAGCGCAACAAACACUUGUUAUGACCCUCUCUGGGGUUGUCCUUGGAUGCAGGAGGAGGACUGGCAGAGAGCGGUUGGCUCAAGCCAGGGUGGUUAGCCGUUGCCUUGGCUGGACGCUAGAUUAGGUCUCCGUCAUGGUGAACUCAGCGCCAAGAUUCUGGCCUGGAGCCCCUUCCGGCCUUCUCCAGAUUCUAGCUCCGGAUUUGCUUUUGGGAAAUGCUAUUCAGCUCUGCUCUGGACUCCCCUUCUCUUCAAAACCCUCCCUCUGGCUACUCAGGGCAAAUGGAAGGGAGGUCUGUGCAAUAAAAGGAACGGAAGGGUGA